AUGGCUGCAGAACUUUCCACAUCCACUGUCACCCCGACAUCCACCCCUACCGUAACUGCCCCCGGCGCGGCACCCACGAAUGCGACGGAGGGAACGAAAGAGCCCACUUCGGCGACUUCAGAAUCCGAGAAUGCUAAUGGCGAUGAUGGGUCUGCGACGUCUAAAAAUGGUGCCAAAACUAUCCCGGUGAGGACGAAGGAGUCCUUCCAGAAGCUCUUACUGGAACGGUAUAUGGCGCGUGAUGCCGCAGCCGCCGCAGGCCUCUACGAAGAAACGCAGAAGAAGAAGGCGGAAACCGCGUAUAAACUCGAGAGGACGAGGGAAUACGCGCGUGUCAGGAACGAAUAUCGACAGUGGUUCCCGCCGGGCAAGCUAUACGGCGAGGGCUAUCAAGGCUUCGCUAAUGGUUUCACCGAAAACAACAACCACUCCGUCAUCCUAUACCCCGUGCAGAAGCCCCGUCCCGGCAAGAGGACUGUUCAACCGUUGAAAUGGAAGAGGAAGGACAUGGCUCAGCAGGCUGAACAGCAUGAGGAACUUGUCCCCAUCAGGUUAGACGUCGACCAUGACAAGAUUAAGUUGCGAGACACCUUCACUUGGAACCUCCAUGACCGCACCGUGCCAGUCGAGUUGUUCGCCGCUCAGCUCGUUGAGGAUAUGGACAUUAAGCCUCCCGCCUCCCAAGCAGUGUUCGAACAGAUCGUCUUUCAGAUGCGCGAACAAAUCAAUGACUUCUAUCCUUUCGUAUUCUCCGAAGAAGACUCCCUGGAUCCUGAGCUGCCGUAUUCAGCGUACAAGAACGACGAGAUGCGAAUACUAAUCAAGCUCAACAUCACAAUCGGCCAGCACACUCUCGUCGACCAGUUCGAAUGGGAGAUUAACAAUCCUCUCAACUCUCCCGAAGAAUUCGCCGUCUGCAUGGCCCGCGACCUGUCGCUGUCUGGUGAAUUCACGACCGCAAUCGCCCACUCGAUCCGUGAGCAAGUCCAGCUCUUCACCCGCAGUCUUUACAGCGUCGGCCAUCCAUUCGAUGGCCGUCCCGUGGAAGACCCCGACCUCAUUUCCGCCUUCUUACCCUCGCCUCUGCCCACCGUGUUCCGACCUCAACAACAAGCCAAGGACUACGCGCCGUCCCUCUGGGAAAUGACCGAGGCCGACCUAGAGCGGAACGAAACAAUAUUCUCGCGAGAACAACGGCGACAGAAGAGGUCCGUCAAUCGUCGCGGAGGGCCUCAACUACCAGACCUCAAGGAGAGGCAGCGCACCAUCAGGACUCUCAUUGUGUCCUCCGUCCUCCCCGGCGCCGCCCGGGAUAUCGAAGAAAGCAGACUCUACAAGCGAGUGGCGGGCGCAGCGACAGGUCGGAAGCGAGGCGCCGCUCGGGACGGCGAAAUCUCCGACUCCGAGGAGAGCGACGACUCAUCACCCGAGUCGCCCGCACCCUCUGCUCUUGCGCAAGGCACCGCUAGGACAAGGGGCAUGCGCGGAGCAGCGUCUGCCGCUCAGCAACGCAUGGCCAACCUCGGCAGGUCGGAGACCCCCGAAGCCACUAUUACGCAUCAUCACGAGACUCGCACGGCGCGCCGCUACGGAAGGGAUACUGUGGAUGACCAGGACGAGAGGCUCAUCGUCACUCUCAGGGUGCAUAAGGACAAGCUCAGAAGGCUGCUCAGCGAACCGCGUGGCGCGCGCACGCCGAGCGUGUCUCAGAGCCCUGCGCCUUCUGCUAGGGCGCGGCCCAGUUUGGGCGCCAUGGAACCUCCAGCCACGCCUGGAGCUGCCUCCUCCUCGACACCAGCGCCCGGCACUUCAUCCGCUACACCUCAGCCUCACGGCACCAAGGCGCCUCAAAUAGGCAGGGUAGCUGCCCCUCCUCCCAUUCCAGGCCGCGGACCCCCAACACCGCCCCCACCACCCCAAUGGCUCAUUAACGCCCUCGAUAACCUCCAAAAGAUCUACACCUACGACUCCUUCGAAGCCCUCAUGAAAUACUCCCCUGUCGACCCCCAUACCGAGCUACCUAUCCAGCAACAACCCGGCCAACCCCUCCCACCCGACACAAAGUAUAUGUUCCUCCCCCGCGUGCGCUGCAAGGAUUGCCCCGGAAAGCUGUACACGCCCGGCGCGGACAUGACGGCGAGUAACUUUGAGAUCCAUCUCAAGCACAACAAGCAUAGGGAGAAGGUUAAUAAGCGCGAGGGCAAGGAGACGAAACCGUAG